GAUGAGUAAGAUCGAUUGGCUCAAUUACAAAAAUUAGUGCAAGUAGUUGAAAUAGAAAAAGAUUAAUGAACUGAUCGAGGAGCCUGUCAAAUUGAAAAUUAAGCAGAUUCAAACUCAAGAUCUAAAAAUCGAAGAGUUGCGCAUCGCUGUUGGUCACGCUGUCAAUCCUCGACUCGUCAAGCACAUUAAUAUCGAUGCAGACACAUGCGUCAUUGAGUGUGCAAAUCAACUUGCAGCAGAUUCAAUCAAACUCAACAUCUUUCGCAUCCAAAACUAUGAUGACAGAUUCUGUAAUUCCUUUUUGGACAUUUCAUGA